AUGGAGUGUAAAGUUGGCUGUUCUGUUGCAGCCAUAACCAGAAAAAAAUCCCAAACUAAUUUGCUGUUUGCAUCCAGACUGAGCUGGUCUGUUGUCAUCUGGUUGUCAUAUUGGCUGAACUCUGUGACAAUUCUGUUUCUGGUACUUUCAGCCACAAUAUCUGCUGCAAAUGGCGAGCAUCUGCUACAAAAACUCAGUGGCAGUGUUGGUGCUGGUAACUUUACCUACUAUAACCUCAACUGGCCUGGUCGCAUUCGAGUCAAGAUGAUUCCUUUGUUCGGUGACAGUGACCUGUAUGUCUCUGACAAAACUCUGAAGCCCACUUAUUAUGACAAUGAACUCAGCUCUGCCACUUGUGGUGAAGAAUCCAUAGACAUUCCUGCUGCUUUCAAACGGCCUGUGAUUAUUGGCAUCUAUGGCUACCCUUUGAUAGAAAAGUCUAAAUAUGAACUUUGCUUUUAUUUGUUGGCUGAUUACGAUGAAGUGGACGAGUAUGACGCAAUUGCAUAUUACAGUGAAAAUCUGCUGAAUCCUGGUUCUAUGAACCAUGACAAGAUGGGCCGAAAGAAUGAUUAUCGAAGAGAGGAAUAUACUCCACAGCCUAACACGGAUGGGCAAAUUUCAGAAGAAGAGGAAUCAAUUAUUUGGACUGUUUUUAUUUAUAUUCUUAAAAUUAUUUUCGAUAUUUUAUUAUGA